AUGUCAGAACGGGUUGGUGGCAAGAAGGAACCCUUGAAACAGCCCAAGAAGCAAGUAAAGGAAAUGGAUGAGGGAGACAAAGUGUUCAAGCAAAAACAGAAGGAGAAGCAGCUGAAACUGGAUGAGUUGAAGGCAAAAGAAGCUGGAAAGGGCCCACUUACUGUAGGUGGGAUUAAGAAAUCUGGUAAGAAGUAG